AUACCAGUCACGCUAGCUUCUAUCUAUCUAAUCGAUUAAUCUGAUCCCUGGCUCGCUCCUCGUAUAUCCUGUCGUUUGCCUCUAGAUUCCUAUCAGAUUGAGCCACGUCAGGUACCAAGGCAACGGAACUUGGCCGCCGACGUCGGUUGAUACUGGAUUCCGGCCAGCCACCAGGCCGCAUUUCUCUCCAGACAGGAACAGAAGCAGAAACGACAAACAUCAGGCGGAUUGUCGUUAUCAAAUAGAAGCAGACGAGUCUUUCUUUGGAGUCUAGACAGGUGAACUGUCAACUAAGACGUGCUCUUAUCGGGCAGUGGAACCCAGGGCGUCUAUAUCGGCGAUCACUGUCACUAUCUAAAUCAUGCAUACGCUCAAAGCUACCGCAUCCUCCUCCCUGUCACUGGCGGAGGGCCACUACAUCUAUUCCAUCGCGCCGUCGUCCCCAGGGUCGUUUGCCGCGAUCUCAUCCGACGACUCCCUCCGUGUGUUUGACGCUAACGGGCUCAGCCAUGCGUCCGUCGUUGCCGCGAGCGCCCAUGAGGGCGUCACGUCCCUGAAAUCGUAUGACGCCGGCCAACAGGUGCUGGCGACGGCAGGAAGGGAUGGCAAGGUGAAACUUUGGGAUCUGCGCAGUGGCAGGAAGUCCGCGGCUGUGGAGAUGGAGACCUCGAAGCAGGCCCCCGUGCUGUCCAUCGCAUGCUGUCCGGAGACUAAUGGAAUUGUGGCUGGCACUGAGCUUGUUUCAUUCCAGGCGAUUGUCGCCUUCUGGGACACCAGAUCACCCGGUCAAACGUCCCUCCAAUACGUUGAGAGCCACAAUGAUGACGUGACCGAACUUCAAUAUCACCCCGUCCGUCGCAACCUUGUCCUGUCCGGCAGUACCGACGGGCUAGUCAACAUUUACAACACGACCAUCGCCGAUGAGGACGACGCCCUCGUGCAAGUCAUCAACCAUGGCUCGGUGCAUCAUGCAGGGUUCCUUGGCGAGAGGACCAUCUACGCUUUGAGCCACGACGAAGACUUCUCCAUCCACCCGGCGACCGAUCCAGACGAAUCCACGCAGGAGCCUGAGCCUGUGCAGUUCGGCGACCUGAGACAGCCUCUGGGCUGCGAAUACAUCGCACAGCUGUGCGUCGGUAGUCAGGGACCAUACAUUGCCGCGGGCAACAAACAGGAAACCCGUCUGGACCUGAUUCCACUGGUCUCGACGCCGUCUUGGCGAUUUGACCAGGACAGUUUGUGGCGUCUGCCGGGUGCCCAUGGCGAGGAGGUUGUACGUUCUGUUUAUCUGGAUGAGCAGACCCAAUCUGUAUUCACCUGCGGCGAAGACGGAUUCGUUCGAGCCUGGAAGCCCGACAGCGAAGCCCAGGGAACAGCUCAGGCAGACACAAAGGUGCCGCGGAAGGAUAAGAAAACCAAAGAGAGGGGGAGAUACAAGCCUUACUGAGUCGCCAUUGAGGACUGGGCAUCAAAGAGGAUGUAUAGAUAAAGUACUCCAUGCGGUGUGUGGUAUCUAUUCUACAACACAAGAAGAAAACCGCCCAUCUCAGUCACACCGGGGAUAUAUAUCGCCGGCUUCAAAUUCCCGACCCGCACCAAUUCUACAUACAUAUAUAUCGAAGCGUUCUAUGCCGAGGACCCUGCCCAGGACCCAGCGACUCAAUCAACUAUAAAAAUCGAAAAGAAACCAUGGGAUCUGAUUUCAGAUGACAUCCCCAAAGACCAGCUCCCCCAUCCCAGAAUCCUAGAUAUAGCCCUGAUCACUACCGAAGUCGCCGAUUCCCCGUAGGAAACCUAAUUGAUCUUACGGAGUACUAGAACAUGAAUAGUAC